AUGUCCGCCGUUGGCCAACAACUGGGCGAGCACCAGCAGAAGCGCGUCCUUGUCCCUCCUCCUCCGCCCAUUCCUCCAUCUCCUCCCUCCUCUCCUACAAAUACAAUCACCCUAAUUACCAAUAACCCCCCCUUCACCCCUCUCCCGCCUUCCCCAACAGUUACCAAGGCGAAUUGUGUUCCCUCGACAACCCCGUCUAUCCCAGAUCGAGACCAGCAGCGAGAUGCUGCCGUGCUUCAACUGCAGCCCCCCGCACAACCCCCGCUGCCCCACAACAAUCCAGCUCAACACGGUCCCCAUCCUCCUACAAUACUCCCCGGCCUGCGUUUGCAGACGUCAAACCUAAUCGUGGCUAAACAUCAUCCCAAUACCGGCGGGUCCUCGGCGGGGCCAUCGCGGUCGACAUCUUCUGUCGAUCCGUUGUCCCCGGCCUCCGCGGGUUCGGUUUACUCCCCGGCUAUGGAAGUCCUCGCAAAGAUGACACCCCUGCCAUCUCCUAUUGUCACUGGCGAUUCUCCCGGUCCCUGGAAUAAAUAUCGGAGUAGACCAGUUUCAAGAAAACCUUCUCAGACAAGACCAACACCCCCUCGUAGCAUCAAUGGGUCCGAGUCAGCACUAGUUACGUCAACGGGCGAAUCGCUCUCAACGGCUCUUGCCGCCCAGCCCCAACGAAAACUAUACCAGGGCUUCACUCCUACUCCCCCUGGCGCUGAGUUCGCUUAUAACAACAAUAGCGUUACCCGAAGUAGAGACGAUUUCGACACUAGUUCCCUUACGGUGCCUUAUUCUCGAAGUCAGAACCUUUUUAGACCCUCAUUGACUGGUGGGCCUGGAACCGAUGAGGGCGGUUCAAAUUAUGAGCUGGAUGCGAGUGGUGGGCUACGGAUGAGACGGGAGGACUUUUUAGCCCAACCUCGAAGAUGGACUGUUUCGUCCACAGAGUCGAGUCCUGCCCUUAGCGGUAGCACAACUUCGGUUUCCUCGAUUUCUAGUACCGAUACCGCAACCGACGCUGCUGAAUCAAGUAAUCGCUUGAUCAAGAAGCACAGGCUAGAGAGCUUUGAGGCGAAGACGGUUCCCAAUAACAAGGUGCGGAAAUGGAGAGGUCUGAGGUUGCUAGGCCACGGAACUUUUAGCAAGGUCAUUCUAGCGACGUCGGAGGAUAUCCCGGACGAGGUUGACAGCUUGGACGAUGAUGGGGUGGUGGUUGGACGAAAGCCGCUAUCGUUAGAUCCGAGGAAGCUUGUGGCCGUCAAGAUUGUCGAGCACGGCGCUGCUGGAGGGGCCUCGAAGGAGAGAGUUGAGAGUUCACUGAAGCGAGAGCUUGAUAUUCUCAAGUCUGUCAAUUAUCCGGCCUUGGUGAGGCUUCGUGCUUACACUGUUGAACCCAAGAGAGCGCUGUUAAUACUACCGUAUUGCCCUGGAGGAGAUCUGUUUGAUCUGGCCGCGGAUUCAAGUUUUACAUUGGAGGCUCCAUUGGUUAGGCGUAUGUUUGCUGAAAUUGUCGGCGCUGUUCGCUAUUUACACAGGAAUGGUAUAGUGCAUCGCGAUGUCAAACUGGAGAAUGUCCUCAUAAACUACACCAAGGACCAGUUACUAGAAAUAGCCUCCUCCCCAUACGAUCUUCCUUUCCCUAUCACGACGCUCACGGACGUCGGGUUGUCCCGCAGGGUAGACUUCAGCAGUGACGACUACUUGUUAACAACCCGUUGUGGAAGCGAUGACUACGCAAGUCCAGAGCUGAUAAUGGCCCAAGAAUACGAUGGUCGCCAGACAGAUGCAUGGGCACUAGGUGUUCUCCUAUUCGCUCUAAUGGAAGGCAGACUCCCCUUCGAUCCACCCCCCGGCUCCUCGGAACAGAAAAUGCGCAGUAAGACCGCGCAUAGAAUCGCUCGUUGCGAAUGGAAGUGGGUGAAGUUGGCGCCCAAAUCUGCGGAAGUCAACUCGUCUGGUGACUCCGGCAUUGUAGUGGAUGUUAAUGGCAACGAGAAAUUUCAAGGGUAUGAUCCGGAGUACGAACGUGGGAAGCAUAUCGUUGAGGGAUUGCUCAAGAGAGCAAGUAAGCGCUGGAAACUGGAAAUGGUUGAGCAAGACGAGUGGGUUAAGGGGGCUAUACUCGUUGUGAUGAGAGAGCGGGAUGAGCUAUAGACUGAUAAACAUAGCAUGGCAUGGUGGUUUUCCCUUUUUCUUCCCUUGCCUUUCCACACUAUUAUGAACUCGCUUGACUUUACAUGACCCAACUUAACCUGAUCAUAUUUCUGUCUUUUCCUUUCAGUCCAUCUAUCCGGGUUUGGGUUGCGCAUUGUUUUCGCUGCCUCUUUGGAAAUGUCCGAUUUACCUUUUCUCUUCUCUCAUCAUAAAAAUGAGAUCUCUCUUUUUCUUGCUCUUUUUCUUUUUCUUUUUACGUUUUCUUUUCCUUCUCAUAUUUCUUUCUUCAUCGACUCUUGCAUGACGGCGUGAAUGAUAUAAAGACAUCAAAUAAACUGAACACAACAAAAAAAAAUUAAUGCUUAGUGUUUUUUUUUUCCUUGACGGUUUUUACGGGGGCGUACUGUAUAUGUGGUUUUAUUAUUUUUCCUCAUUUUAUGUG